AUGGAAGAAGAAACAUGGACUAUAGCCAAAUUUACCGAUAAUGAUAGUGUAGAGGCAGUACCAACUAAUUGGCUGCAUUGUAAUAUGUGUUACUGGCCAAUGUUACCAAAAAAUCAAUUACUUAGUGCUAUAAAAAACCAUGAACCACCAAAUACAAGUUGGCCAAGUUAUGAAGUAAGUGUCUUCAGAUAUGCGACUUAUGAUAACUAUGGAAAAGCACAAGCUAAGGCCAGAGUGGUUGAAGACAGAAGUGAUCUGCAAACAGACACUGAUGGAAACACAAAACGGAAACGAAUUGAAACAGGGGUUCGUAGCGAUGAGGAAUCACUGAAUGAUAAUACGUUGCUUAUAAUCCCAAAAAUAGAGACUUUGACAAACUCAGAUAACAAUAUUUCAGUAGACAACCAUUAUUCGGAGUUGAGCAGUCUUAGCGAUAUAGAGGACAAUGUCAAAAAUAAUGCAGCAGAAAGUGGUCCAACAAGUUCUACCUGCAAUGACUGCAAAGAAACAAAGAAAUCUCUGAAACUAAUUACUAAUCAAAACCAUGAGAUGCUAACAAUGAUAUCUAAGGUUUUGAGUGAAGUAAUAACAAUAAAAAAUAUAACAAAGAAAGAAUAUAAUAAAACAGCAGUACCAAAAAAAUCAAUUCUUUCAGACUUCACUACAUUGAAGUUUCCCUUAAAUUCGGAAGAGGAUAUUCAUAAUUUCGAACAUAUUUUAAGUAACCAAGAGAACUUCGAAAGCGGGGUUAACGAAUUGGUAAAUAUCGGUGGGCACAAUAAUUACAAUUUUGUAAAACGUCUUCUAUCGUUACUAUUAUCGGAUGAUUUAGCCAUGAAGUAUAGUUGGCUUGGAAGAAAAGGGAAAUCCGCUUUUUGUAAUCUAACUAUAGCUUAUUUAAUAAUAUGUGCUGUGGAAAAAGGAAAAAUGGCAAAGAGUCGGAAAGAAACAGAAACGUCUAUACAAGUUUGGCUGAAACGAGCUCCUGACAGGAAGAAAAAUAUAUCCAAGAAUUUAAGAUAAAAUAAAGU